CUCAUGCAUUUAUUUAACAGACGGGACAGACAGCGUGUGAGUGGAACUUGUCGUGGGAUUUCUUCAUUAGCACUUUCGAAAUUGGUCAAUUAGUUAUAGUUGCUGACAUUUCUGCUUCGUAGCAGCUACUAGCUUCAUUUUCUGUUUAAAAAUGGAGAGGUUUGAUUGAGUUGUUUUGACUAUGCCGGUGGAGUAAAGCGAGGAGGAGAAGAGGAAGGGAAGAACGGGAGAGAGUUGAGCGGAUUUGAAAGAGGAAAUCAUCCCUUACUGGUCGAACAGCGAAGCCUGCGGACAGAAACAGAGGGAGGUUUGGCCAUUUACCUAGGCUGGAGUUUCUUUAGAGCUGAUAUUUGUUUUGUUUUGGGUGGUUUUUUGAUGUGGCCGGUUCUCAGUGGAGAAGUUUUUCCCGCAAAUGACGUGGAAUAGCACGAUGAGCAGUGGCUACAGUAGCUUGGAGGAGGACUCCGAAGAGUACUUUUUCACGGCCAGGACCUCUUUCUUCAAAAAACCCUCCGGAAAAAUCACAGAGAAAAAGGAUGUGGAGAAGGAGAGAGAGUUGCGGACAGAGUUCAGCAAUGAGGAAAUCUGGCAGAGGAUCGAGCAGUACAACUUGCUAACCAAAGACCACCUUAAAAUGACGCUGGGUGCGGGCGGUGUGUACACGGGUUUCAUCAAGGUCCAGAUGGAUUUGCGGAGGCCUAUGACGGUGCAGGGAAGUCAGAGAAGAGCCGGGGAGGCCUUCUAUCUGCCCCAAGGAGUCUCCAACACCCUCCACGUCAGCUCCAACACCACAGUCAAAGAGGUGAUCGUCGGCUUGCUGGGCAAAUUCACAGUUGCAGACAACCCGGCUAAAUAUGCCCUGUACAAGAGAUACCGGCGGGAGGAGCAGGUUUAUACAUGCAAGUUGGCGGAUGCUGAGAAGCCGUUGUUUCUUCGCCUGGUGGCGGGACCCGACCCAGACCUGCUCAGCUUUGUCCUGAAAGAACAGCAGACGGGAGAAGUCAUGUGGGAUGCCUUCUCCAUCCCUGAGCUGAAAAACUUCCUGCGGAUCCUCGAAAAGGAGGAACAGGAGCAGAAGGACGCAGUAAUUCGCCGCUAUGAAACCUACCGGCAGAGACUGCAGGAGGCACUGCUGGAGGUCAGGGGGCCUUCUUAAGAGGAUAUAACCUCCUUUAAAAAGGACUACUGCCCCCUAGAGGGACGAAGGGGAUGUUUUGUUUUGUUUUUCAUUUUUAAUCUCCUGGUGUACAUUUUGAUGGAGGGAGGGAUGUGAACACAGAAUCAGGAGAGAGGAUCCAGCACCUGGAAGAAGGGAUAAUAAAGGAUGACAAGAGGACAGAAAAAAGAGACUGCAAAUAAAAAAGACGAACAGACAGAAUUUGGGUUGCUGGAUUCAAGAUUUCAAACUGCUUCCCGCUCGGCUCCGUCUGCCUGCAAACACCAAAGAUUCACUCACUGUGCCAUAUCCGUUCAUCCUCUCCACUGUUCGCCGUCCAUCCCUCUCUUCUUCUUCUUCUCUCACUCUGUCCUGCUGUCACAUAAUUUAUGCAGUUCAUCCUUUUUGUUUCCCUCACCUUUUUAUCCUUUGAACUUGUGAAAGACUCAAGGCCAUAUGUUGAAUUAUUUUUAUUUAAUUUGUUUGUUUUAAAGGUCUGUACAUAUUCUUUUUUCUUAAUUUAUAUGGGUGAAGCUUUUUAUUGUUUUUUGUUUUUCUUUUUAAAACAAAGUCUUAUUUUUGUUUUAUUGUAGAGAGGCGGAGCAACAAUCUGCUUGUUGACACAGAUGCUGAGAAUAGUUUUUUCAGACUUCAACAGGACACAGAAAAUCCAAGCAUCAGAACAUGAAAGACCAAUAUUUUUCAAAAAUUAUCAGCUGGAAGGUCUAAACAGGCCCAGAGGCUGCAGUUGCAUAUAUAUGAUAAUAGUUUGGGAUAAAUUGGAGAGGAACUGGAAAGUCUGAAGUUUGCAAAUAUGUGUGAAGUGAUAAAAGAAGCUGGCAUGGAUAUGUAUGGAGUCUGAAGUGUGACAGAAAAAUUACAGAUUUACUUUUUAAAAUAUUUGCAAGCAACACUUCAUUUACUUAAUUUUAGAAACUGCUAUAGGCGUUCUAUUUUUUAAAUAACACCUUUAUUCUAUUGGCAGGAUCAUUUUUAUUUACCGUGCAAACUUUUAUGAAAAUAACUGCACUUUUCUAGUGAUUUUUCCACUACGAGAAAACUUUAAACUUGGACAAGUUGAGUCUAAAAGGUGUUGAUAUAUCAUAAAAUGGAGUUAUUUGAACCCACAGUAGUUGUCAAAUGUAAAAGUAAAUACAGUUUCCAAUAAUAAUAGCACUAAUUACUAAGAAUGAAAAUGGAUUGUAGUUAUUCGGGAUGUAUCAGUUCCAAAAACAUGUCCAAUCAAAAUAUAUGAAUCUGAGAAGAAAUUCUUCUUAUAUUUGUUAUCCAUUUAUAUGGAAUUUAAUUAUCUGUUCAUGCUUUUGGCACAUUUAGGACUCCAUAAAAGCCAGCCUGAGAUUGUUUACAUGAAAGGAAGGAGAAAUGAAAGGUGGUGUGACAGAAAACAGAUGCAGGAACUCUAGAGAGAUUUUUGUAGUAGUUUAGUUUUGGUUGCAGUUUGUGAAAAAAACGCUGUUUGUUUUUUCAUGUGGAGUGAAGAUGAACUGGUGGGAUCUGAAGCCUUUGUGUUUUUUCCACCACCAGCAGAGUUUGGUGAAGCAUGAGCUGAAUAGACUGAAGCAAACUGCUUGAACUUUGACCCCCCAUGUGGUCAGAGGAAGGAGUGUGGAGAUUUGACAGGUUUCUGGAAGUUGACUGAAUGGUUCAGAGGAAGUAGAAAAGAAACAUUAGAUGCAGGAAAGAAAAAAACUAGGGGAAGAUAAAUGGCAUGAGGAGCUAAUACAUGGGAAAGACUGUCAUACAAGCAGUGUGACCGUGGACAGUGACGGGGGUUUCCUCCAACCGCAAGUCACUUUGAUUAACUGCUUGUUCACUUUUUGCAUUAUGUGAGCUCCUCGAAUCCAUGAGUGCAAGAAAAGGAGGUCUGUGAGUGCUGAUAGCUGCUGAGACCAGGGAGGAAAAACAGCGGCAUUGUGUGCGUUUCAACCCGUCUGUCAGCAGGCAUUCAUUUAAAACGCAACUUUUUGAUACGCUUAUCUUGAACUAAAAUGUGCAGCCUUGACCUCAUAAACCUCUCCUAAGGAUAAAAUAAGAGUGGGACACAAAUCAAGGCACGCAGGACUGUAGUAAACAUGAGGGUUUAAAGGCAGAAAAACUAAAGAAAUGCAUCAGAGUGCAAAAGGGGGCUCAAAGAGAAAAGGUUUUCUUAAUAAAAGGCCAUUAAAACCUUUGAUAUAUAUGCAAUAUUUUCUGUGGUGAUGUAAUUUAUCAUUUAAAAGUCAAAGAGGCUUUUUCUUGUUUGCUUGGAAUAUUUUUGGGGGGCAAUUUUGAAGAAAACGGUCAAUAAUCUGGACAAAUAAGUCAAAACAUUCAUGUUCAUUGCAUUUUAUCUUUAUGUGUUGCAAAAUGCUGUUUGCUGUUUGAGCUGCAGGUACUAAAUGAUGUCAAACUGAGGGUGCUGCAGGGCGUUUCUGUAGGAGACUGUCGCCAUCUAGUGGUCAAACACGCCAACUGUUCUCUUGCUUCUGUGUCAAACUUGAUUUAUCUUAUAGAUUUAUUUUGUUUUUGUUUUUUUUUUAUAACCAAAGAUAUUUUUGUGUUGUUGCCUGGAGCAAAACAUCUAUAAGGGGCCUCAUCCCAUCAGAGGGAAAAACAUACAGUAUAUAUAGUGUAGAGGUUUUAUUUAAAGGGGUUUUAACCCCAGUUCCUUCUACUAUUAAACACUGGGUUAUUUUUAUGGAAGCAAAAAAGGGCCUUUAGAAUUUAAAUGAACUAGUUUUAUAUAUAAUCUCUGGGUUAUCAUGGGCAAGAGUCCAGCAUUAUAAACUUUCAAACGCUGGGUUUAAAAGAGGAGAAGGCCCACUGGAAUAUAUUGGGAAAUGUUGGAUUAUGGGAAAUGUAAUAGCCACUGUUUUUGGAGCAUUUCUUGGUAAAAGUUGGAACAUCCUGACCAUUUUCUUCCUGACCAUUUUUUAUUCCUUUUUUAGUGUCUUGUAGAAAUUCCCAACUUUUAUGUAAUUUCCAAAGAGAAAACUCAUUUAAUAACUUAAUGGUUACAUGUAAAUACAAGAAAUUUAAACUUGGUCUUUUUAAAUGCUUAAUUUUCAGUAUGUCAUUUGAAAACUUUGAGUAUAUAAUUUUAAUUAUUGGUGGUUUUACUUUUUCAAAGUUAACAAAUUCAGAAAACUCAAAAACAAAAAUACAAUUAAUUUGGCCCUCUUUUGCUUCCAUACGUUAUAGUUGAAAGUGGUGCGAAAGUCUGAAUGGAAACAGUAACUGAAUCUUGAAGCCAUGUUGUUGUUUUUUGUGUAUCUCAUAAACAACUCUAGCUGUUAAAACACAUCAUCCCAGACUAGUUGCAUCAAAUUAAAUUUUUUGGGCACUUUAACUUUGAAUUCAGGGAAAACGGGUUUUUAAAAUUUAAUUUUUUCUCCUGUGUACCGCGAUCACACGCUCUACUUUAUCUUAACAUCUAACACACUACAAUCUUAUUAUUCUUUUUUUCUGUUUUAGCUGAUGAAAGUAUAGUGUGGCAGAAGUCGGCGAUUGUGAGGUCAUUUAAUAAGUUUUGGUCUCAGUGAGCUUCCGUAGGAUUUUGCUCAGAGUUGGCUGUGAAAUAGUUUGCUUACUGUAAACAAUCCUGGGCUGUUCAACAUUAAAAGCAUGCGUUAUUUUAGAUAAAACAGCAGUCGGACAGCGUCUGGAAAAUAGUUUUCAGAUGCCGUUUACCUGCUGCUGAUAGAAAUUAGGAUUGCUGAAGAAUUAUAUGUCAUGGAAAGCUUUUUGGGCCAGUAGUGUUCGUGUAUGAAGAUCAGAUAUGAUACCUUGUAUGUAUUCAGAGAUGUUGUUUUUAAGGCUGUUCAAACAUACCUAGAGUCUGAUAGCGUGCAAACCAUUGGCUCCUUAGUCUUAAUUGAAAUAUUCUUAUACUUUCUGUCAUUUUACACUAUUUAAACCUGUUUUCCUUGUUAGCAUAUGUUUUAUUUCUUUAGAUGUUGCUGAAAUUUGACUAUUGCUCUGAUUUUUAGGCUAAUUGGGAUUAAUUCUUUAUAAAAACAUCACAAAAUCAUCUUUUCAAGCCUGUCAAAUGUUAAUAUUUUUACGCUUCCUGCGUAUUUAAGAGCUUUCAGCCUUCCCUCUGCUUUUCUUUGAAACUAGCUUCACAUUUACACUUUUAGUAUUUUUUUUGUCCCCAAACUGGAUAUAAAUUAGGGUGUGUUAUAUAGGAUAAUAUAGUGUAAAAUGACAGCUCAGAAAACAUUCACGAACUUUACAUGUAAGAAUAUGUAUUACUUCAUUGUUUCAAAUAUUUAAAUCUUGUUCUUUAAAGAAAAAAAAGAAAAAAAGAAAAGCAUCUCCCAAAGUAGCUUUUUUAGAGCAUUGAAGCCUUUAGUCUUUUACUCUUAAAAGUGUUCAAAAAUAUCUUUUUUGACCAUGUAUUGGGAUUGGAAGCUCCAGAAAAGCUACUAAAUGAUACCUGGGUUGAUGGUGUUUUUUUGUUUUUGUUUGUUUGUUUGUUGGUUUUUUUGUGAACUAAAUUCGUUCACAAGCUUAAUUUUCUGAGCAGUUUUGACGCUUCUCGGAUUUGUGCGCUCGGGUCUCUGGUUUGAACAUCCACAAACUGUUGUGUUAAAUGCCAAAGAUCUGUGUUGUUGAAGCUCUUCCUGAUUUUUUUCCCAGUGAUGCUGUUUUUGUUGUUGUUGUUCACCCAGACUCGCUAUAGAGAAGCUAUACACCUUUUCAGGUUUAUGAUGAGCUUGAAAACACAAAGCUAACUCUAUUGUUCUACACUUGAGUUCAAAAAAAUUAAAAGGGUUUUCUGGGUAAAAGUUUCAGAUCUGAGCUGCAGUUGGAGCUCGGUCUGAAAUGUCCCAAUCUCUGUGCCUUUGUACAGUUCAACAAACCUGAAGGAGAGGCUGAAGGUCUCAUCGUGUUCUCUCUCCGUAGGCUGAGGCGGGUUUAUUUUUGUAGGUGGUUUCAAUCGUUACCAAAUGUGGCCUUUCCUCACGGCAAGGCGGGCUUCAUCUAUUAAAGGUGAAAUUAUAAAAGAAA